CCAAACCCUCGCAAACCCUAGUCCCCCCACACCAACCACCCUUCUCCCGCCGCCGCCCCGCGAAGCAAAGCAGGAGGAGCAGGAUGCCGGCGGGCCACGGUCUGCGGUCGCGGACGCGCGACCUGUUCGCGCGCCCGUUCCGGAAGAAGGGUUACAUCCCGCUCACCACCUACCUGCGCACCUACAAGGUCGGCGAGUACGUCGAUGUCAAGGUGAACGGCGCCGUGCACAAGGGUAUGCCGCACAAGUUCUACCACGGCCGCACCGGACGCGUGUGGAACGUCACCAAGCGCGCCAUCGGCGUCGAGAUCAACAAGCAGGUUGGAAACCGCAUUAUCAGGAAAAGGAUCCAUGUCCGUGUUGAGCAUGUGCAGCCAUCCAGGUGUGCGGAGGAGUUCCGCCUGAGGAAAGUGAAGAAUGACCAGCUCAAGGAGGAAGCCAAGGCACGUGGUGAGGUCAUCAGCACCAAGAGGCAGCCGCUCGGCCCUAAACCUGGGUUCAUGGUUGAGGGUACCACAAUCGAGACCGUCACUCCCAUUCCGUACGAUGUGGUCAAUGAUCUCAAGGGUGGUUACUAGGGUGUUUGGGUUAUCUGCCUGCACAACCAGUUCAAAUCUAUGGUGCUCUUAUGGGUUGGAUUUGCUCUCUGAGCAGUAGUCUGGGUUGGGUCUUUAUUCAUGUCAAGAAGAUUUUCGGUGUAGGUUGCUAUCAUGAGUUUUGCAGAAAUGCUAUACUGUGCUAUUUCCUUAAGAAUGAUGAUGUGCUCUGUUGAACUAUGUAGUUACAUUGCUUACCUCCGAAGGUUCUCUUUGCCUCUACAGCCUUGGUACUGCAGAGCUGCUGCAGCUUGCUGUU